UCAUGCUGCUGCCAAGUCCAGAGUCUCUCAUGGGUCCCUGUACGGCCUGCCAUUGCUGCUGUCUCCAUCGCCACACUGCUGCCAUGUGCCACUUUUCAGGUCUCCUCACACUGCUGGUGUGUGUUGAAAUUUUUGACAUAGGGUGCUGGCAGAUUACGGGCCUCCCAUAGCUGCUGCCAGGCCCUAAUCUGCCAUGGGGCCCCUAUAUACCGCCUCCUCAUGCUGCUGCCAGGUCCAGAGUCUCUCAUGGGUCCCUGUACGGCCUCCCAUUGCUGCUGUCUCCAUCGCCACACUCUCUGCCAUGUGCCACUUUCAGGUCUCCUCACACUGCUGGUGUGUUGAAUUUUUUGAC